CAUCUUCUUCGCUUUCAACGAGAUGCCACCAAUGACAUGAGUAGUUUUGCCGUCAAUGAGUGAAGCGGCAACUCCCGUGUACGCCGCUUUUAUCAGCCAGCUCGACACGCCCCGAUUUCGAAAUGCUUGGGUGGCUUUAGUGAUCACUUUUGACUUGCCCGUUCCGCCUUCACCGUGGAUAAGCAUGCGCAGGGGAGGCAUUCCAUGCCCAGCGAGCGUGUGCUUGAGGUGCCAGACGAUUAUGUCAUAUGCACGCUGCUGAUCUGGCUGUAACACGAUUUCCUCCUCCUUCGAUGGAUCAACGUCGUUAUUGGCGGUGUCCCCAUUGAAUGACCUGCGUUUGCGUUCCUCUGGCGCUUCUAUGUUGUCGGCAAUCAUCUCGACGGACGGCAGAACAUCGUUUGUCUCCUGGGCGGAUUCAGGGCGCUCUUCAUCUUCCGAAUCUUCUGCUCUGGCGCCCAUGUCGUUUUGCACUUGCACGACGCGAUCAAGCUCUCUACGCCAUUUGAUAAGAUUGCUUAGAUCGUUUCCGGUUGCAGGCAAUGCUUUGACUAGACGCGCAAUUUCAAUGGCCAUGCGCCCGUGCGCUGACUCGCGAUUCGACGUCUGGGACUCAAGGAGAGCUUUGAUCCUGUUCUGCGUGAUGGCUACCUGGUCGGCAUCUUCGUCAAAAGACUCGAAGUUGGACUCGUUCGUUGGAAGUUGAUCUGGUAGAACUGGAUGUUUGCGAGGAGGUCACAGGUGCGCUCGGGUGCACUCUCCAAGAAAGCGGCAAAAGCUUCUUGCCAUGACUGCGAAUUAGUCUUCAGGUCGUCCUCGAGCUUACGCCAGGGCUUGAGCAACAUCAACAUGGAUGCACAGUAGAAAUCUCGACGCUCAUUGUCAUCGCGCCGCGGAAACCAUGGCCCAAUGAAAUUCGGAAGCGUAUUGUGUCCGCCGGAUCGCAAAACACGCUGUUUCUGGUUACGCGAUGGAUGACCGUGGAGGUAACGGAAGCGCGUGCUUUUCGGCCGUCCACGUUGAGCAUUCACGGGUGCAGUUGGCAACGCUUGGUCACGAACGCUGACUUCUACUUCAUGUAAUCAGAGAUUUGAUUCUUGACGUAGAGUCGCCCGCGACCGUCCACUUUCAACGUCACGUUGGCCUGCUCAGCGUCCUGGGUAUCCGCGGAUGGGUCGCCGGUAACAGGUGGUUGCGUGGAUGACUCGGAAUGUGGAACCGUUGCAUGCUCGUCCGAAAGCUGCCUAUCAUCACUUGGCCACUUAGUAACUUGGACUUUGAAAAUAAACAACUUACUGGUUCGAACGCAGAUCGGGAACGGAUGAUAGCAGUUCGGACACGAAGGACGACCAAUAUAUCGGCACAUAGCGAUGUGAGUGGUAAUUGUCGCCCCAACCCAUCAGAUACGAUAUGACCAUGGGGGCACCGAGUUCUUGUUCGCGGUUGAUGGCGUGGAUGAGCCGGAAGAGCAGGAGUUGCUGCGUUUCACGCAGCGCUCUCACUUUUUCGCCCUCGGCUUCGUUUUGACGCGCUAGGUGGUAUGCGUAUCCUUUCGCCAAGAUAGCGGAGAUAUUUUGGUGUCG